CAUCCACUAUUCUUGAAAACAGGUGCUGACGACGAUGGCUGUAGCAAUGCGAAAUCUCAUGAUGCUCAAGUUCACCAACAAGUUUCGUGUUUGCCCUAUUGUCAACAAUGUUGUGAAUGGUCAGCCUACCACGCGGCAUUCGUCAAAGGCAGAGUCAUUUUUGAGCGGGACCAAUGCAAAUUUCCUCGAAAACCAGUACUUGGAGUGGGCUCGUAACAGAGGAAGUCUCGAUUCCUCGUGGGACGGAUUUUACGACAGUGUUGGGAGCUCAGCGUUGAAGAUAGAUGAAUACGAGGACGAGUUCACUCCUAAAAAGGCAGAAAUUUCAGCGGACAAGAAAAAGCAAACUGAUACAGAGGGCGUGAAACUACACUUGGCAGUUCAGAAUCUCAUCCGAAGUUACCAAGUAAGAAAGCAUAUCUUUCACUUGGAGAAGUAUUUUGCGACAAAGUGGCCAGCAGAAAAGCGAUUCGGUUUAGAAGGCGGAGAGAGCAUGAUCGCAAUGUUAGAGGAGGUUGUGGACUCUUGUACGCGACUCGGUAUUCAAUCCAUCGUUAUGGCCAUGCAACAUCGAGGGCGCUUGAAUAUGCUGGUGAAUGUGUGCCGUAAACAGUUGGUGGAUAUUUUUGCGCAAUUCAAGCCGAUGGAACCCAAAGAACCGGGUUCCGGUGAUAUCAAGUACCACUUAGGAACGUACAUCCACCGGUUUAUCAGGCGCACCAACAAAUAUAUCAAGGUGUCCAUGAGCUGCAAUCCCUCGCAUUUGGAAGUGGUAUCUCCCGUCGUGAUUGGGAAGACUCGUGCUGAACAAUUCUGGAAAGGAGACAAAAAAGGGGAUAGGGUAAUGGCAAUAAUAAUGCACGGGGAUGCAGCUUUCACCGGUCAAGGGGUAGUGUAUGAGACAGUGGAGAUGUCGAACUUGCAGGCGUUCAACACUUACGGCUCCAUACACAUCGUGUGCAAUAACCAGAUAGGUUACACUACCGACCCCAGGUACUCGAGAAGCACGCCGUACUGUACAGAUAUAGCAAAAGCCAUUGAUGCACCUGUGAUCCACGUGAACGGAGACAAUGCAGAGGCGGUAAGCCACGCGGCGAGAGUUGCCGUCGAGUACCGAUGUCAGUUCAAGAAAGAUGUGGUUGUAGAUCUUGUGUGCUACCGGCGCCACGGGCAUAGCGAAGAAGAUGAACCCAUGUUCACCCAGCCAUUCAUGUAUAAGAAGAUUAAGAGUAUGGAUACAGUGGACAAGAUUUACGCUAAGCAAUUAAAAGCAGAAGGCGCAGUAACAGAUGCUGAUUUAAAAGGUUGGGAGAAAGAAUACAUGGACACAUUGAAUGCGCAUUUCGAGCUUGCGAAAAAAGUGACCAAGCUCAGUAUCAUGGACUGGAUCGACACUCCGUGGACGGGUUUCUUCGAGGCAACUGAUCCCAAGAAGAUCAAAGAAACUGGUAUCUCCGAAGGAUCGUUGUAUACAAUUGCGAAUCAUUUUACGAAGCCACCGGAACCGUGGGCUUUUGAUCUUCACAAAGGACUUCUCAAGAAUUUGAGUAAUAGGGAGAAAAUGGUAAAAGAGGGUAUAGCAGAUUGGGCUAUGGGAGAAGCUCUUGGGAUUGGUUCACUACUGCGCGAUCACAUCCACAUCAGAUUCACUGGCCAAGACGUGGAACGAGGCACCAUGGCUCACAGGCAUCACGUAUACCAUCAUCAAGGCGUAGACGGCGCGACGUAUCGCGUUCUCGACACCAUCUACCCCGAUCAAGCGGAGUAUCAUCUACAUAAUAGCUCCUUGUCCGAAUAUGGUAUCCUGGGCUUCGAAACCGGAUAUUCCUACUCAAGUCCACACUGCCUGGCGAUCUGGGAAGCACAAUACGGCGAUUUCGCAGACACUGGACAGGCAAUGUUCGACACAUUCAUCUGCAAUGGCGAGAGCAAAUGGAUUUGUCAAUCGGGCGUCAUAAUGCAACUACCACAUGGCAUUGAUGGAGCUGGUCCUGAACACUCAUCGGCACGCCCUGAGCGCUAUUUGAUGCAGUGCGAUGACGAUGAAGACGCGUUACCCUCACUCGAUGACAAAGAUUUAGAAUUGAAGCAGUUACGCGCGUGCAAUUGGCUCGUAUGCAACGUGACAACCCCGGCGAACUACUUCCACUUGAUCAGACGCCAGAUUGCGAUGCCGUUCCGUAAACCACUCGUGCUGUUCACGCCGAAGGUCGGCCUUAAGCAUCCGUACUACCGGUCACCCUUCAAAGACUUCUUACUCGGCACUCGCUUCCAGAGAGCGAUUCCUGAAUCCGGACCAGCGUCUAAAAAUCCUGAAGGUGUGAAAAAGCUAAUAUUUUGUUCCGGAAAAGUGGCCAUCACAAUUGACGAACUUCGCAAAGAGAAGAAAUUAGAAGACAAGAUUGCCAUGUGUCGAAUAGAACAGAUGUAUCCGUUCCCAUACGAUAUAUGCCUGAAAGAAGCAGCGAAGUAUUCUAAAGCGAAGGUGGCCUAUUGUCAAGAGGAGCAUAAGAAUUGCGGACCCUUGUUCUUCGCCAGGCCUAGACUCCGGAAUCUUUUGGGGACAGAAAUCGAAUGUAUCACGAGACCACCUAGUCCAGCCUCUGCCACUGGAAUCAAGUGGAUUUUUCAGAAGGAACUCAAGGAACUCAAAGAAAACAUUAUCGCUGGUGUAGAUGGCGCUGGACCACCUCCGUCUAGCCCAAAAAAGCCAUGCUAGUUUCUUUCUUGGUUUGUUCGUUCGUCAUUAGUCUUUAUCGUCCUAAUUCGUAUCGUCUGACCUAA